GCUUUGGCUCAGUGGAAGAGAGACCUAGCUUCCAUCUUAUGAAUGGACCCAGUAGCUUUGCGGUUAAGUCCAACAUGACUUCUUCUGCUGUGCCGUCAUUGGUAGCGUAGAAUGAAACUUUCUUCACUUUGUGGAAUCUUAUGACAAGUAUUUUAAAUGGCAGAGGAGGUUUUAAUCCCACCAACUGGCAAAAUAAACCCGCAUCUUACAGGCUCACUGUUGGCAGUGGCUUUUCUUACUUCCUUUGGGAGUUCCAUGCUCUAUGGAUACAAUUUAGCUGUGGUCAACUCUCCAGCUGUGUAUAUCAAGGACUUCUACAACAAAACAGCGUUAAGCCGCAAUGGAACUGGACUCAACGGGGAGACAUUGACACUGAUGUAUUCACUCACCGUGUCUGUAUUUGCAAUUGGUGGUCUACUGGGUUCUUUGAUAGUGGGUGUGCUGGUCACUCGCUUUGGCAGGAAAGGCACGGUGGUAAAAACAACAGUUCUGGUGUUUAUUGCUGGUUCACUAAUGGGCUUUAGCAGAAUCUGUGGUUCACCUGAAAUGGUCAUACUUGGUCGUUUCAUCACCGGGAUUCACUCAGGAAUCUCUCUAAGUGUUGUUCCAAUGUACCUCGGUGAGAUCGCACCAAAGAACCUCAGGGGCUUUCUGGGUCUGGUGCCAAGUAUCUUUAUUGGCACUGGAGUCUUUGCAGCUCAAAUCCUUGGACUACAAGAACUGUUAGGAAAGGAAGAACACUGGCCUCUCUUUCUGUCUGUGGUGGUGGUGCCUACAUUUGUCCAGUUGAUGCUGUUGCCAUGGUUCCCAGAGAGCCCCAGAUACUUGCUGAUUGAGAAGCACAAUGUCCAUGCCACCAUCACAGCUCUGAAGUGGUACAGAGCCAAUUGUAACAUCCAGGCUGAGAUUGAGGAGAUGCAAGAAGAGCAGCGUUCCUUGUCAUCACUGGAGACACUGUCAGUGUGGAAUCUGCUCCUUGAUGACACAGUUCGCUGGCAGGUCCUCAGUGUGGUGGUCAUCAACAUCGGGAUGCAGCUCUCUGGAAUUGAUGCUAUCUGGUUCUACACCAAUGACAUAUUUAAGAACGCAGGGAUCCCUACACCAGAGAUCCCGUACACUACAGCAGGCACAGGAGUAAUAGAGAUCAUUGCUGGACUCAUUGGGUGUUUCACCAUAGAGAAGCUAGGGAGGCGGCCUCUUAUGGUUGGAGGCUUCACCAUAAUGGGCAUCUGCAGUGCUGGCAUAACAUUCACCCUAAUUUUACAGACUCAUUUAUCUUUAAUGCGUUAUGUGAGUGUCUGUUGUGUCGUCGGCAUCAUCGCUGGAUUCUGUAUCGGCCCAGCGGGGGUUCCUUUCUUGGUCACUGCUGAGUUGUUUAAACAGUCCCACCGCCCUGCAGCCUACAUUGUGGGAGGAUCUCUCAACUGGCUUUCCAAUUUCACUGUGGGCUUUGUCUUCCCCUUCUUACAGAUGUCAGCUGGGUCUUACUGCUACUUGGUCUUUGCCAGCAUUUGUCUGUCUGUGGCCGUCUAUGUCUACGCAGUCAUACCUGAGACCAAAAAUAAGACAUUCAUGGAGAUAAGUCGAUUGUUCUCCAAGAAGCAGCCUGUUGUAGAGACCCAGUCCCUUCUUCUGCUGGAACAGCUGAAGCUGAAGAAGAUGAAUGGCUACGGAGGUCUAGAACAUCAUUCACUGGAGUUUGAGAGCUCUUCCUUCGUACCUUAACAAUAGUUUAAAUUUGUACUCAGACUCCAAAAUACUGUUGUCAAAUGGUUUUAAUGUUUGUUGAGAAAAUAUGACAUCAAGGUUUGUUUUUUUAAAAACUGACUGUACACUAUGCAUAGGACUGAACCUAAAAAUGUUGCUUAACUGGAACAACCGACUGCUUGUGUGAUAUUGGGUGUGUGCAAUCCAUGUACAAAAACACAAAUUAAUCCAUUUAUUAAAUACUGCAUAUAUGGUACACAUAACAUAAACUGCUGUUAUUGGGAUUCCAGUAUUGAAUGUGUGUUAUUUGACUUUGUCUUUUUAGCAAUCAUACUGUAUAGCAUUAUAUGAGCUACUUUAGGAAAUAUGUAAUUGAUAGUAUAUUAAAAUAUAUGUACAGAUAUCUUGAAGCUGUGGACAAGCAAGAUGUUUUUAACAGCGCUUCUUAUUUUGUUCAACCUUUAUUUGGCCGGCCCCGUGGUUCAGAAAUUCCAGUUGCGAUGUAGCAGAUGCAUCCGUGUAUAAAAUUACCGAUACCCUAAAAAAAACCACCACUGCUGCUAAUGUACUGUAGUCAACCUGUUCCCUGUUUUCAAGAGCAGAAUGCACGAGGUAGGCUAAAAGCCUGGGCUGCCAACUAGCAUCGGUCUAGUUGGCUUCAGCCCUCAAAGUGUUUGGGGAAUGAGGUUGGAGAGGAACUUUAAUCAAUCAAAUUGUAUUUAGAUAGCACUUUUCAUACAAAAAAAUGCAACUCAAAGUUCUGUGCAACUAACACAAGCCAAAAUACAACAUAUGAGGGGACAAUGCAUACACAGAUAUUUAUCCCCACUAGCAUGCCUGCACUCAUGCAUACACACAUGCACACACAUAACUUGAUAAACUAUGUUACAAAAGACAUGGCAAGGUACAGAGAAACCAUAUGAGGA